AUGGGAAGGAGCAAGCUUUUCCUCAGCAUGCUGCCGCCUUUAAUCCCUCUCUUCCUGGGGCUGGUUGUGCAAAACACCUUGCCCCCUGCUGAAGCCGCAGGACUGGCAAAAAGGUGUGACAAGAAGUCUUUUCUAACGAUCAGGACCGAGUGCCAAGCCUGCUCGAUUAACAUUGCAGCCAAGUGUCCAGACGGUUACACCAAGAUUACCAAUGACACUUUUGGAGUUCGAGAUUGCAGGUACUCGCUUGAGAUCAGAACAUACUCCCUGUCUGUCCCUGGAUGCCGCCAUAUAUGUAGGAAGGACUACCUACAACCUCAAUGUUGUCCAGGCCACUGGGGCCCAGACUGCAUGGAAUGCCCAGGAGGAGCAGAGUCACCGUGCAGUGGCAGAGGCAUUUGUGAUGACGGCAUGGAAGGAACUGGAAGCUGUUCCUGCCGAGUGGGCUUUAGUGGAACAGCCUGUGAAACCUGUGCUGCUGACAAUGUUUUCGGGCCCAAUUGUUCAGCAGUGUGCAACUGUGCCCACGGUGUGUGCAACAGCGGACUCAACGGUGACGGAACCUGCGAGUGCUUCUCUGCGUACAGGGGCCCCAGGUGUGACAAGCCCAUCCCUGAGUGUGCCGCCUUGCUCUGCCCAGAAAACUCCAGAUGCUCACCUUCCAGCAAAGAUGAAACCCAACUCAAAUGCAAAUGCCUUCCCAGUUACGAAGGUGAUGGCCAACACUGCAAGCCCAUCAACCCGUGUUUAAAAAACAUCUGCCACCCUCACGCGAGUUGUUCCUACCUGGGGCCAAAUCGGCACAGUUGCUCGUGCCAAAAAGGCUACGUCGGGGACGGUCAAGUGUGUCUUCCAGUAGACCCCUGCCAAACAAACUUUGGAAACUGCCCUACAAAGUCUACAGUGUGCAAAUACGAUGGGCCUGGACAGUCUCACUGCGAGUGUAAAGAACAUUACCGUGAUUUUGUACCAGGAGUGGGGUGCAGUAUGACCAACGUCUGUGAAUCAAACAACCCAUGUCAUAAGAAUGCGAACUGCAGCACCAUCGCACCAGGCCAGACCCAAUGCACUUGCCAGAAAGGUUACAUGGGCGACGGCCUGACCUGCUAUGGAAGCAUCAUGGAGAGACUCAGAGAAUUGAACACUGAACCCAGAGGAAUGUGGCAGGGAAGGCUGACCUCUUUCAUCUCGGUCCUGGACAGAACCUAUGCCUGGCCACUGAGCAACCUGGGACCCUUCACAGUGCUGCUGCCCUCAGACAUGGCACUGAAAGGAUUUGACGUAAAGGAGCUUUUGAUGGACAGCGAGGCUGCUCGGUACUUUGUGAAGCUCCACAUCAUUGCUGGGCAGAUGAGCAUGGAACAGAUGAACGACACAGACAUCUUCUAUACAUUGACUGGAAAGUCAGGGGAAAUCUUCAACAGGGAUGAGGACAAUCAACUAAAGCUCCAACUUCGUGGAGGCAAAAAAGUGAAAAUAAUCCAGGGGAACAUCGUUGCUUCAAAUGGGCUUAUACACAUCCUUGACAGAGCCAUGGACAAGACAGAGGCCACACUUGAGAGCAACCCCAAGCAAACCAUAAUGAAAAUGCUACAACCAAGAUACAGCAAGUUCAGAUCUUUGUUAGAGGCAACCAAUGUUGAACAGGCCCUAGAUGAGGGUGGUGUUGGUGGCCCAUACACCGUUUUUGUUCCAAGUAACGAAGCAUUGGAUAAUAUGAAGGCGGGCACCAUGGAUUACCUCCUUUCUCCAGAGGGCUCUCGGAAACUUCUGGAACUCGUCAGAUACCACAUUGUCUCAUUUACGCAGCUGGAAGUGACCACUCUCAUUUCGAUGGCUCGUAUCAGGAGCAUGGCCAAUCAGAUCAUACAGUUCAGCGUAACCCGCAAUGGACAGAUUCUGGCAAAUGAUGUGGCCGUGGAAGAAACCGAGGUCAUUGCCCAAAAUGGCCGAAUUUACACACUGAACGGAGUCCUCAUUCCUCCCUCCAUCGUCCCAAUUCUUCCCCAUCGAUGUGAUGAGACAAAGAGAGAAAUGAAAUUGGGCACUUGUGUGGGCUGUUCCCUGAUACGUUGGAGCAAGUGUCCGGCUGACUCUGAGCGCACAGCCCUCUUCACAAACAAAUGUUUCUACAGAAGCAGAACACAGAACCUGAAAAGUGGCUGUGCCCAAUACUGCAAUGCUACCGUGAAGAUACCAAAAUGCUGUAGUGGCUUCUUCGGGCCUGACUGCAACCCGUGUCCAGGAGGCUUCUUGAAACCGUGUUCUGGAAAUGGGCAUUGCAUAGAUGGCCUCGGCGGCAACGGGACCUGCCUUUGUGAGGAUGGCUUCCAAGGUUCCAAGUGUCAGUUCUGCUCCGACCCCAACCGAUACGGACCUCAGUGUAACAGAACCUGUCUGUGUGUGCAUGGCGCAUGUGAUAACCGCGUGGACAGUGACGGCGCCUGCCUCCCAGGAACGUGUCGAGAGGGCACAAGCGGGAGGCUCUGUGACAGGCAGCCUGCAGCCUGCGGGCCCUAUGUGCAGCUCUGUCACGUCCACGCCACCUGUGACUACAGCAGAGGGACAGCCAGCUGUGUCUGCAACGAGGGCUAUGAAGGGGACGGAAUUCUCUGUUCUAAGAAGGACCCUUGCAUGGGAUCACCCUCCAGAGGAGGCUGUAGUCAAAAUGCAGAGUGCAUCCAAACUGGCACAGGGCCACACGUCUGUGUGUGCCAGCAGGGAUGGACAGGGGACGGAAGGGACUGUGUGGAGAUCAACAACUGCCUGCUGCCCGGCGCAGGCGGCUGCCACGACAAUGCCACCUGUUUAUACGUAGGCCCUGGGCAGAAUGAAUGUGAGUGCAAGGAAGGAUUUCGGGGAAACGGGAUUGACUGUGAACCAGUCAUUUCAUGCUUGGAACAAGCAGAGAAAUGUCACCCCCUGGCCACCUGUCAGUCUGCUGCUUCUGGUGUUUGGAGCUGCGUUUGUCAAGAGGGCUAUGAAGGAGAUGGCCUCUCGUGCUAUGGAAAUGUGCUCAUGGGAUUGUCCCUUCUCUCUGAAGCGGCUGGAUUUUACCAGUGGAUAAAUAAUGCUUCCCUGCAAUCCAUACUAUCUGCCACCUCGAACCUCACUGUCCUCGUGCCUUCCCAGCAAGCCAUUGAGGACAUGGACAAGAAUGAGAAAACCUUCUGGUUGUCACGGAACAAUAUUCCAGCCCUGAUAAAAUAUCACACACUACUAGGCACAUAUGGAGUGGCCGAUCUGCAGAUCCUGUCGUCCUCUGCCACGCUAGCAACAUCCUUGCAAGGAAGCUUCCUUCACCUGGACAAGGCAGACGGGAAUAUCACAAUUGAGGGGGCAUCCAUUGUGGAUGGUGACAACGUGGCCACAAACGGAGUGAUACACGUCAUCAACAAGGUGCUGAUCCCCCAAAGAAGUCUGACUGGCUCUUUACCAAACCUGCUCACCCGUCUGGACCAGAUGCCUGACUAUUCCAUCUUCCGAGGCUAUAUCAUUCAAUACAAUCUGGCAGAUGCAAUCGAGGCUGCAGACGCUUACACUGUGUUUGCUCCAAACAAUGAAGCCAUCGAGAAUUUUAUCAGGGAGAAGAAAUCCACAUCUCUAAAGGAAGACAUACUUCAGUACCACGUGGUCCUGGACGAGAAGCUCCUGAGGAACGACUUGCACAAUGGCAUGCACCGCGAGACCAUGCUGGGGUUCUCCUUCCUCCUCGGCUUCUUUCUCCGCAAUGACCAGCUGUAUGUAAAUGAAGUUCCAAUAAACUACACCAAUGUGGCCACUGACAAAGGAGUGAUCCAUGGUCUGGGGAAAGUUCUGGAAAUUCAGAAGAAUAGAUGUGACAGUAAUGACACCAUUAUUGUGAAAGGAAGUUGUGGGACGUGUUUCCAGCAACCAAUCUGCCCACUUGGAACAAAACCAUCCGGCGAGACAAGGAAAUGCAUCUAUACCAUUUACUUCAUGGGGAAGCGCUCCGUAUUCAUUGGGUGCCAGCCAAAGUGUAUGAGAACCAUCAUCACGAGAGGAUGCUGUGCUGGCUUCUUUGGCCCACAAUGCCAAGCCUGCCCCGGAGAAGGUCAGAAUGUGUGCUCUGGGAAUGGCUUCUGUCUGGAUGGUGUGAAUGGCACUGGCUUGUGCCAAUGUGGGCAGGGCUUCAAUGGGACAGCCUGCGAGACCUGCGCAGAGGGCAAGUAUGGUGUCCACUGUGACCAAGCGUGCUCUUGUGUCCAUGGGAGAUGUAACCAAGGACCCUCCGGAGACGGCUCCUGCAACUGUGAUGUCGGCUGGCGAGGAGUGAACUGUGACAGCGAGAUCACGAAAGACAACUGCAAUGGGACCUGCCACACCAGUGCCAACUGCCUUCUCGAUCCAGAUGGCCAGGCCUCGUGCAAAUGUGCGGCGGGAUUCCAAGGGAAUGGAACAGUCUGCACAGCCAUCAAUGCCUGUGAGAUCAGCAAUGGAGGAUGCUCUGCCAAGGCUGACUGUAAAAGAACCACCCCAGGAAGCCGGGUGUGUGUGUGCAAGGCGGGCUAUACAGGAGACGGCAUCAUAUGCCUCGAGAUAAACCCGUGUUUGGAGAACAAUGGCGGCUGUGACAAGAACGCGGAGUGCACACAGACAGGGCCCAGUCAGGCCGUCUGUAACUGCUUGCCAAAGUACACUGGAGAUGGGAAGACCUGCACACUCAUCGAUGUCUGUUUAACCAAUAAUGGCGGCUGCAGCCCAUUUGCCACCUGCAAUCACACCGGACAAGGUCAAAGGAUAUGCACCUGCAAGCAGAACUACAAGGGAGAUGGACUCACCUGCCGUGGCAGCAUCUACCGGGAACUUUCUAAGGACCCAACAACUUCACAAUAUUUCUUCCAGUUGCAGGAGCAUGCUGUCCAAGAGCUGGCUGGACCCGGUCCCUUCACCGUGUUUGUGCCGUCUUCUGCUUCCUUCAGUCAGGAGCCCAGGAUCAAAGACUGGGACCAGCAGGGCCUCAUGUCCCAGGUUCUUCGGUACCACAUGGUCGCCUGCCAACAGCUGCUGCUGGAGAACCUCAAAGUGACCACAAAUGCUGUGACCCUCCAGGGCGAGCCGAUCUCCAUCUCUGUCUCUCAGGAUACCGUGUAUAUAAACAAUAAGGCAAAGGUCCUGGCUGGUGACAUCAUCAGCACCAAUGGAGUCAUCCACAUCAUCGACAAAUGGCUGUCUCCCCAGCACUUGCUUGUCACCCCCAAAGAUGCUUCAGGCAAGGUUCUGCAGAAUCUUACUACAGUGGCAAUGAACCAAGGAUAUACCAGAUUCAGCAAGUUAAUACAGGACUCGGGCUUGCUGAGUGUCAUCACUGACCCCAUCCACACCCCAGUCACUCUCUUCUGGCCCACGGACAAAGCCCUCCAAGCCAUACCCCAGGAGCAACAGGACUUCCUGUUCAAUGAAGACAACAAGGACAAGCUGAAGGAGUAUCUGAAGUUCCACGUGAUCCGAGACUCCAGGGCUCUGGCUUCAGACCUGCCCAGGUCUGAUUCCUGGAAGACACUGCAAGGUUCAGAGCUGAGUGUGAAGUGUGGGACUGGCAGUGACAUCGGCGAGCUCUUUCUAAAUGGACAAAUGUGCAGGAUCAUACAGCGGGAGCUCCUGUUUGACCUGGGCGUGGCCUACGGCAUCGACUGCCUGCUAACGGAUCCCACCCUGGGUGGCCGAUGUGACACCUUCACUGCCUUCAAUGUCACGGGGGACUGCGGGAGCUGUGUCACUACGCCCGGAUGCCCGCCGUGGAGCAAACCAAAGGGUGUGACGCAGAGCUGUCUCUACAACCCACUGCCGUUCAGGAGGAGCCUGGAAGGCUGCCAGCAGCUGUGCUCCCUGGUGAUCCCGCUCCCCAGGUGCUGCAAAGGUUACUUCCUGCCACACUGUCAGGCCUGCCCUGGAGGACCAGAUACGCCAUGUAAUAACCGGGGUGUCUGCCGUGAUAUGUACUCGACCACAGGACAGUGCCAAUGCAACACCGGAUUCAAUGGGACCGCCUGCGAGCUGUGCUGGCCAGGGAGAUUUGGGCCUGACUGUCAGCCCUGUGGCUGCUCAGAGCAUGGACGGUGUGACGAGGGAAUCACAGGCUCUGGGCAGUGCUUCUGUGAAGCAGGGUGGACAGGCCGCUUCUGCGACACUCUCACAGUUGUGUUUCCGGUGUGCAUCCCUCCUUGUUCUGUGCAUGCCACGUGUACAGAGAACAACACGUGUGUGUGUAACUUGAAUUACGAGGGUGAUGGGAUCAAGUGCAGUGUUGUGGAUUUCUGCAAACAGAACAAUGGGGGCUGUGCAAAGGCCGCCAAGUGCUCCCAGAAGGGCACGCAAGUCUCCUGCAGCUGCCAGAAGGGCUACCAGGGGGACGGCCAGAGCUGCACAGAGAUAGACCCCUGUGCGGAUGGUGUCAACGGUGGGUGUCAUGAGCAUGCCACCUGCAGGAUGACUGGCCCAGGCAAGCACAAGUGUGAAUGUAAGAGUCACUAUGUGGGGGACGGACUGGACUGUGAGCCCAAACAGCUACCCCUGGACCGCUGCUUACAGGACAAUGGACAGUGCCACCCAGAUGCCAACUGUAUGGACCUUCACUUCCAGGACACGACUGUUGGGGUUUUCCAUCUGCGCUCCCCCCUGGGCCAGUACAAACUCACCUUUGACAAAGCCAAAGAGGCCUGUGCCAACGAGGCUGCAUCCAUGGCCACCUACAAGCAGCUCUCCUACGCCCAGAAGGCCAACUAUCACCUCUGCUCAGCUGGCUGGCUGGAGGGUGGCCGGGUUGCCUACCCCACGACCUAUGCCUCUCGGAAGUGUGGUUCAAACGUUGUUGGGAUAGUGGACUAUGGAAUCAGGCCCAACAAGAGUGAAAUGUGGGAUGUCUUCUGUUACCGGAUGAAAGAUGUGAACUGCACCUGCAAGGCAGGCUAUGUGGGAGAUGGCUUCUUGUGCAGUGGGAACCUGCUUCAAGUCCUCAUGUCCUUAUCCUCGCUCAGGAACUUCCUGGCGGAGGUGCUGGCUUAUUCCAGAAGCUCAGCCCAAGGCCGGGCGUUUCUGAAACACUUGACUGACCUGUCCAUCCGUGGUACCCUGUUCGUGCCACAGAACAGUAGGCUGCUGGGAAAUAAGAGCCUGUCUGGGCGGGACAUCGAGCACCACCUCACUAAUGUCAGCGUCUCUUUUUACGAUGACCUUGUCAACGGUACCAUUCUGAGGACCCGGCUGGGGAGCCAGCUGCUCAUCACCUCCAGCCAGGACCAGCUCCGCCAGGAGACCAGGUUUGUGGAUGGAAGAGCCAUUGUGCAGUGGGACAUCAUCGCCUCCAACGGGCUCAUUCAUGUCAUUUCUGAGCCUUUGAAAGCGCCUCCCAUGCCAGCGACUCCUGCCCACGCAGGCCUGGGGACAGGCAUAGUCUGUGCCGUCGUCCUGGUCCCGGGUGCAAUUGCUCUGGCUGCCUAUUCUUACUUCCGACUGAACCGCAGAACAGCUGGCUUCCAGCGCUUUGAGUCGGAAGAGGAUAUCGAUGUCUCGGCUUUUGGCAAGCAGCAGCCUGAGAAUAUCUCAAACCCUGUGUAUGAGACAUCAACGUCGGCACCCCCUGAGUCCUCCUGUGACCCCUUCACAGACUCUGAAGAACAGGAGGUGGAGAGCAGCGACCCUCUGGGGGCACUGAGGGCCUGAUGUGAGCAGCCAGCCAACAGCCACUGCGACACGAACCCCUGAGCCGUCACGGCUCCUUCUGUGAAUUCUCCACACCGGUUGUCUCUUGGGUCAUGUUAAGCUAUGACACACUCAGGAACCAUACCUCACCUCUCUGGUUAACAUGGGGUUGUUCCCAUGGGUAAGGCGCCAUGUUAGCAGGACCAUGCAGGGGAACCUCCUCCUCUGAGCCUCUACCGUGGUUCUCUGCACGUUCCAGAUGGCACCUGCUCUGUUCUGUCUUGUCUUGCUGGUAACUGUGACCCUGUGGUAUUUUCCUGUUGACUAUGAGUGCCUAACGCAGGGCUUCACUUCAUGUACUUUGUAUCCAGUACCCAGAAGUACCUGCCACAGGGAUGUGCUCAAUAAAUGUUUAUGGAACAAAAAAAAGUCACUGUGUGCCUAGGAGGGGUCAAGCUAUGAAAGCUUAGUAAGUAAGUAAGUAAGUAAGUAAGGCUAAUUAGAGUCCUUCCGAUGGGCCAACAUGUGUCUUAUGAAUUCUUUAGUUUUGCUUCCUUGCAUUUCCUUUAAGCCAAUGAGCCCCCAGCUCACACCCGCUAGGAGAGCAAUGACCAAGUGGUCCAUCAGAAGACAGGCAUUGGUGAGGGUGCAGAGCACUGGGACCCCAUGCUCGGCUGGUGGGAAUGUAAAGUGGAGGUACUGUGGGAGUCUCAGGGCUCCUCAGACAGUCCAACGGGGUUCCCACAGAACCAGAACUACCUCUCACUGGUGUGUACCCAAGAGAAGUGAGAAACAUAUCCACCCAUAGACUCACAUGUGCUCAAGGUGACAUUGUUCCUAACAGCCCAAAAGCAGAACCACCGGAAUGGCCAUCAUCUGAUGUGACCGAGCUGAGGUGUACCCAUGCAACACACCCCUAAAAGAUGCAGCAUUGCUGUGUGCACUAAUGUACCUUGAAAUCGUUAGAAAACGAGGUGUUAUUUGCACCCGGACCACAGCAUACUGUGCUUCCCUCACCCCGCUUCCACCUCCUCCCCUCUCCUCUCUGUAUGACCCAGGCUGGCCUUCAAGUUCAGAUUCCCCUGCUUUGGCCUCCAGAGUGCUGGGACCAUGGGCCUAAGCCACCAUACCCAACUGUGCUAAAAUGGUUUUCUUGAGACUGGGGAGCUGGGGAGUCACUUUUACAGAUAAGCAGUGGAGGUCCAGAUCGACUGAGAGCAGCCUCGGGUGACAUAACUUCUGGGACUGGGCUGACUGAGGCUCUGUCUGUCUCCCUGAGCCCAGCGUCAGCAAACUCAGCAUCUAUGAACUUGAGAUGAAGAUUCCAAUCUACUGUAAAAAUCCUGCUCCUUUCUCCCUGUGGGCAGUUGCUCACACUCAGCACGCUGUAACGGCCAUCUCUGUAACAUCCAAGCACCAGCUAGCAGAAGGGCACAGUGUCAGCAUGAUGGAGUCACUAUGGGGGACAGAGUGGAAGCCUGGGGUGAACAGACCUCAGGCUCCCCUCUCUUGCCUAUAAACCCCAAAUCACAUCAUUCUAUUCCAUCAGAGGUUUGCUGAGUCAAGUCUAAAGUUCUGGAAGCCAUAAAAUGUCUCGUAAGCUCUCUCAACCCCAGGGAACUGAAGCUGUCCCAGUUCUCUGCAGAGGACAAAGUCACCACUACCUUUGGGACAACACAUCAUGCAGGAGCAAUACCACAUUUCCAGGAAAGCACCCCAAAACGACAAGGGUAGGACAGACUAGCUGGUAGCUCUGAGACAUCCAUCAUCACAACGGAAACGUAAGUGAUCACACUGGGGACCGUGGGGACACAGAUGAGGGCUCGUUCGGCACAGGAAGAGGGAAGUGUCACAGACGCUAAAUCUAUACACGCACAAGACGUAACAAUAAGGCAUUCGAAAUAUUUAUAAACUUGUCCAAACCCAGCAGCAAAUUUUUAUUGUUUGUUGUUUUUGUUGUUUGUUUGUUUCUACACAGGGUUUCUCUAUGUAAGCCUUGGCUGUCCUGGUGCUCUCUCUAUAGACCAAGCUGGCCUUGAACUCAAGAGAUCCGCCUGCCUCUGCCUCCCGAGUGCUGGGAUUAAAGGUGUGUGCCACCACUGCCCAGUGAAAAUUUUCUUAAUACUCCUCAAUUCCAUAUUUCCUUAGCUUGUCCCAGCUUCCCAGGUGAAUGACUAUAAGCAAACAGGUGACUGCCACUUCUUGUUCCCCAAUAUGGUGCACCCCACCCACCCCCACCGUUCCCCAAUGCCUGCAGAGCUCACACAAGUUCUGUCCAGGACCUCCAGUCUUAAAGCCCCAGAAACAUUCUACAUUUCACCCUUUCUCAGUCCCCUUCUGUGGUCCAUUAGAUUGCUGCUUUUGAGGUUCUGGGAUUCAAACUCGAGGCCUCAAGCAUGCUGGGUAAGCAGUCUACCAGGGAGCUGCACUCCCAACCCUAGGGUUGUAUUUUAUUUUUGAAUCUUGGAUUUCUCUUAGCAGAACAACCUCAAAUCCUGGGGGGAACCAUGUUUUGCAACUGACUUAAGUACAUGCAACUGAGGGUGCCACAAACCAGGAGAUACAGCUCAAGCUUUUAUUUGACUGUAAGCUCAUUAUCACAACAUAUACAAUCAACAUGUAGAAUAAAUAGCAAGUUCACAUUCCAAAUAAAUAGUCAAGCUACUUUGCACUUACCGUGCCCGAUACCACACAGGCACACUCGAUCAUUCCACUACACAAGUACUACACUGGAGCGCAAGCUUGCGUUAACAGAAAACACAGGAGCACUGUUGAGGGAGGAGCCUGGGAACAAAUGCUUCAUGCAGGAGGGUCUUACAUGGAGUACUGCUGGGAGCAACAUCUGGGAAGGGAAGGGGCGGACCAGUGGGUAAGGUGGGUUCUGAAAUGCAAGGCAAGUACAAGGAGGUCUUGGUGGCCCCAGAGGGAGCUCUGGAACUGUCCCAAGUGUUGGAGAGGCCGGAGUACCGUCACAUGGAACAGUCAUGGAUCAUACAUCCCCAGGAAAGGCGUGUGCAUCAGGGAAUUUCUCCAAGAGCAACACAUCAGCCAGAAGCCACGCCCAGCAGCUGGGAUGAUAGCCCUCCGUCCUGGGCCCAGCUAAACAGUGACAAGGGCAACAGGUAGCUGAAAUGCACAUGGGGACGCAAUGUUGGCAGGUACUGCAGACACAGUACUUACACUGCCAUAUGGAGAACCAUGUGGCAGACAGUGGCUCCUAAGGGGCCACGGCACACUGACCCAGACCUUACACUAGUGUCCCCGGGCUGGGAGGCUGCUCCUCCGCAAGCUCCCAGCAAAGAAUCUUGCCACCCAAGCAGGAUCGAGCAGGCCAUAGCCAAGAGCCCCGCCUAGCCCACAGCCUGUGCUGGUGAAUGAAAUCCCAAUGGAACUGUGCUCCCAUUUCCACAGGGGCCGCAAUGGGAGCCGCCUGCAAAGUUGAAAUCAUUCUCUUAUUAGAAGAGCUCCAUCGCUGGGCGGUGGUGGUGUACGCCUUUAAUCCCAGCACUCGGGAGGCAGAGCCAGGCGGAUCUCUGUGAGUUCGAGGCCAGCCUGGCCUACAGAGCGAGAUCCAGGACAGGCGCCAAACUACACAGAGAAACCCUGUCUCAAAAAAAAAAAAAAAAGAAAAAGAAAAAAAAGAAGAGCUCCACUCCUCUUCCUUCCCUUGGCUUAGCCUAUCAGUGGCCUGAAAGGGUGGCUGAGCUUGGCCAAAAACA